AACUACGUCAUCACACUGUUUGACAAGACCACUCACAAUUAGUCUGACUUUCUAUUUCCUUGAAGAACUUUUCGUCCGUCUGUAAGGUGCCAACGGAUUCCAAGACGUCAAAAUGGAGGGGUGUGGACUUAACUGCAUCAAGUAUCUCUUGUUCGCUUUCAACCUGAUUUUCUGGCUUGCCGGAGGCGGGUUGAUCGGAGUGGGGAUCUACGUGAUGGUUGCGUACGGCGUGAGUGACGUGCUGUCUUUGCUGAACCUCAGCACGCUGCUGCUGCACGGCGGCGCCAUCACGCUCAUCGUGGUCGGCGUCAUCACCUUCAUCGUCGGCUUCCUGGGCUGCUGCGGCGCCAUCAAGGAGAACCGCUGUAUGCUGGGAACGUUUUUCACCCUGCUGCUGAUCCUGCUGCUGGCGGAGAUCGGGGUGGCCAUCUACGCCUUCGUGCAGCGUGACCAGUUCUUCGGCCUGAUCGGCACUGCUGUGGACGGGGCCUCCGUCAAUCAAUAUUCCAGCCUCGACCAGGCCGGACAAAGGCUGAUCGACUUCACCCAGACUCAUGUGAGUGCCGAUCCAUAUUACUGUCGAGACGACGUCGUCGCUGUGACACGUGUGGCUCAACUUGUAGUGCCUAUAGCUAGUAGGAUAGCAAGUUUUCGGGUGCAUUUUUGCUAACCCUUUAAGCUUCCC